UACAGAAACCAAAGUACAUCAGCCGACCACAAAGUGUUGUGCAUUCUACACUAUUUCAGCCGCAUUUUGUCCGACGUUCCCCCCAAUGGUAUAGUGACAUUUUCUCGCCGCUGCCUUAAUCAGCCGCCUGAUUUUGUGUCAAGUGACGCUAAGUUUAGGUCUAUUGCCUUCGGAGUGAGCUCUACCUGUCUCAUUGAAGACGCUGACCCCGAGACCCUUCAGGUUAAUUUUGCUAAUCGUUUUCUUGGUGGUGGAGUUCUUCGUGGGGGUUGCGUUCAGGAAGAGAUACUCUGCUGCAUUCGUCCUGAGAUCCUCGCUGGGCUACUUUUUAUUGAAGCCAUGGAUAACCAUGAAGCCCUUAUCAUUGAAGGAGCGGAAAGAUUUUCCCGUUACACGGGUUAUGGAAAGACGUUCAAAUGGGCUGGCGACUUCAAUGAGGCCGCUGAUGCAAAAAAUACACGGUGCUUCCCCUUGAAGUUACCUCGUGUUUCUUCUUUUCCUGUGAAUGCUAAAUUUCCUGUGUUCAUAGCCUUCACAAUGUCUGAUAGGAAUGAAGACGGUCGGUGGCUUGGUGCCAUAACUGCGAUUGAUGCACUCCAUUUUGCCAGACGUGCUCCUCAGUUCGAAGGUGAAUACAUUCGACGCGAACUAGAUAAGGCCUACUGUGGUUUCACCAACCUCCUCUCUCCCCAUCGAGGUCUUCCCAAUGUUGUCGUGAGUGGCCAUUGGGGCUGCGGUGUCUAUAAUGGCGACAGGGAGCUCAAAUGUCUGAUCCAAAUGAUGGCUUGUGCUCAGGCUGGGAAAUCGCUCGCGUAUUGCACGUUUUCUGAUGAUGACUUUGCUAAGAAGGCUCUUCAAGUCUUUCAGGUUCUUUGCUCCAGCUCAUGCACAGUUGGUAAGCCUCAUUUUCACACCCUUAAGCCGAUUGAGGUUUUGGAAUUCUUAUUUAAUGGUUGCACCCACUGCAACUAUCUGAACAAGUUUCUGGCCUUGCUUUACCCGUUUUUCUCCCUUAGAUUAAUGGCUCUUGUUGUGCGACCUAUACCAAAUUUCAUGCUGGUUUCCCAUACCUCUCGCUCUAUUCUCCGACACGUUUCUGUGAAGUCGUGGCCAACCCUCGAUAAUCCAUGGAGAGAAAGGCUUACUGUUAGUGAGCAGGCUACUUUUCCGCCGAACUAUGUGAUUUCAAGGGAGGAAUUUAGAUUCGUCGAAUUGUUGAAACCCAUGGAUACAAUUCCACCACCCCCCGCUAUCGAUUUAACACCGAGUGGUUGGAGGCCUCCCCGUCCUGAGGUCAGCUCGAAGAAACCUUAUACAGUGACUCGCUCGCGCAACCACAUGCUUCCCGUCUACUUGGAGAUUAAGGAGAGGAAGAGAAGAGAACAAACCCAUGGGAAGAGAAUGCUUACCGUUGUAACUAGAGUUGGGGGCGAUAUAUCGGCGCUGGCCGCAGAACUGGAAGCUCUUUUGAAGGACAAAUGCGAGGCGGGGCGGUUCCUCUGCCAGGUGGAUGAGGUCACCCAAAAAAUAAAGAUCGAUGGAGUCUUUUUAGACGAAGUUGCGGCCUUCCUUAUUGAAAAUGGGUUUUAA